AUGGUUGUUAGCGGGUAUCCGUUGCACAUUUCUUUUGACUUCUCAUCUUAUUUUUAGGAUUAAGCAAUGUACUCGAAAUGCCUUCAAAUAUCCUAUUCGUCGAUUCAAAAAGUUUCUUUCUCGUCUAGCAGGCAUGUUUUUGAUCUACUUGAAAGUUGGCCCGAAGAUGGCCAAAAGUUUAUAAAAAUAGAAAGAAAAUUGUUCAGUUCUGACCGGAAAUAAUGGGAGAGAAAGCAAAGGCGCUUUGCCAGGUGCACAACAUAUUAUUAUUUUUUCGUGUUAUUCUGACUGCGGGAAUUCCAUUGAAAUUCGUAAAGAAACGCUUUUUUUAAUGCUGAACUGUACUUGACAAACUGUGCAACCGUGUUUGCGGGGACGGCCAGAGUGGAAGUUUGAAUCUUGUUUUUUAUUUUGUCAACUCUGUCUUUUCAAACGAAAAAAGAAUAAGAAAUGGUUAAUUCGAUGAGACAACUGUGAUUAACUCAAAAGUAUGUUUCGAAAUACUGUUUACCGCGUUUUUUCUCGCCGUUUCUCUCUCAUAUUUUCGUCUCCCACGCCGUCUCCUGACACCGCCCCUCAUAAUAUCGAUGACUAAGCCCCAUUUGCGUUAUCUUCCCAUCCGUUCUUUCCGCUCUUUUCGUUUCUUAAACUCAAAUACUGACCGCUCAUCGAUUCAGGAAUAGAGGUAAUGAACUGCGAGGUGAAGCAUGCGCUGCACUGCGCCGUCCUAGUAGCGUGGAUCGUAUGUUUCGCCUACUUCUGCGGCGUGUUCACCGAGCCGGCAGAAGGAACCGUUCCGGAGAGUCCCGUUGCCAGGUUUGCUCGUUUCUCUUCACGGUCUCUAAUUAAAUUAUGUCAUUUCCAGCUAUGGACUCAUCUGGACAAUCUUUCUAUACUUGCUCCGAUUCACCGCUCUCCUAGUACUGCCCCAAUGCCUUUGCAACCUGUGCGGAUUGAUGCUUUUCAAUGCCUUUCGAGAGAAAGUGCGCAUUUUCCUUCUUUCACAAUCUCAUCGAACGAUUGCAGGUGCAACUGAAAGCCGCUCCUCUUCUGUCGCCAUUCGUUUGCUUCCGGGUCGUCACGAAAGGCAACUUUCCACUUCUCGUCAAGGUAAUUCCCGCCGACCCAUAAUUCAUCCUCGUCCUGCUCCCCUAUCACUCUCUGAUCACCGAUAAGAGUUACGUGUUCUUGCCGUGCCGCCGCACUCCGAUAACAUUUUUCGUCGAUGGCAUCCACAUUUUAUUAGAUUUUCUCUGAUAACCAACGGUUAAAGUACGAAACGGACUUGACCGAGGAAGGAAAAGAAACAGACGGAGACGGGAAGUGUUUUUAAUUUUCCUUUUUGUCGCCUCCCGCCGACGAUGUAACUAUCAAGAAUGUGUGAAAUUGAUAAGGAAGCACUUUGCGACCUUCCUCUUUCUCUCUCUAGUCGAUCGAUCUCGAGAUUCAAAAAAAAAACGAGGCAAGAAAUGAGGGGAGGGUGUGUCGCUUUAAUUGAGUCAUCGAUUGAAUCGAAGUGAAAAUUCAUAAGUUUCGUGCAAAUAUCAACCAGAAUAGAGAAAAAUUUAGCUUCUCGGUGAUAAGAGAAAAACUUGACGUGCUUGAAAUGAUGACGCAUUUGAUCAGCGAGACAGUUUCGGAAUUACAGGAGAACAUUGAGACAAACAUGAAGACGUGCUUCGAGGCCGGAAUGGAGAACUUCAUUUUCGAAGUCGUCACGGACAAGGCAAUCAAUCUGCCGUCGAAUCCGCGCGUUCGAGAAGUCGUCGUUCCAACCGCCUACAGGUUCGCAUCCAAAUUCCAUUAUCUGCAUAGGUUUUUGUUUUUCAGAACUAAGAGCGGUGCCAAAUUCAAAGCUCGCGCACUGCAGUACUGCUUAGAAGACGACGUGAACAUUCUGCAGCCAACUGAUUGGAUUGUGCAUUUGGACGAGGAAACUCUUCUGACCACUAACGCCAUCUGCGGAAUUCUCAACUUUUGCGAAGACGGAAAACAUCAGUUCGGACAAGGAGUGAUUACUUAUGCGAACGGAGACAUUGUGAACUGGCUGACGACGCUGAGUGACUCGUUCAGGUGGGUGAUAAGGAAUAAUCACAAAAACGAAAGACGACUGAGUCACUCUAACACGAAAACAAUAGUUAUUGAAUAAUUGCAGAGUGGCAGACGAUAUGGGCAAACUGCGGUUCCAGUUCAAACUGUUCCACAAACCGCUUUUCGGAUGGAAAGGAUCGUACGUGGUGACGCAGGUGGAGGCCGAGAGGGAUGUUUCGUACGAUCAUGGAAUGGAAGGAUCAAUCGCUGAAGACUGCUUCUUCUCGAUGGUCGCAAUGAAGCACGGAUACAGUUUCGAUUUCAUUGAGGGAGAAAUGCACGAAAAGAGCCCGUUCACGAUGUGGGACUUCCUGCAACAACGGAAGCGAUGGCUGCAGGGAAUCCUGCUCACCGUCCAUUCCUCCAAAAUCGCCAUCGUCCACAAAGUAUGUGCUUCUCCGUAAUUUUCGUUUCGAACCGAUCCGUCUCUUCAGGCUCUUCUGGCCCUCUCGCUGUACGCGUGGGCGACAAUGCCUCUGACCUCGCUGCAAGUGUUCCUGUGCCCUCUGUUCCCCCUUCCCAGGUGUUUACCGUUCGACUUCCUGCUCUCGUUCGUCGGAGCUCUUAACCUCUACAUGUACAUCUUCGGAGUCGUCAAGUCAUUUUCGCACAAGUACCGUAACAGUCUGCUCCGUCUCGGAAUGUACUUGGCCGGUGCUCUGCUGACCAUUCCGUUCAACAUUCUCAUCGAGAACGCCGCCGUUCUUGUCGGAAUGUUCGGGCGGAAAGACCAAUUCUACAUCGUCAACAAAGACAUUCAAACUGUAUAAACACGACAAGUACAGUACGUUUCCUUAGGCUCACUUGUCUUUCUGCAACUCCACUUUUUUUUUCAGAAUACGAUUUGACACGCCGCCGUUCAACUGACCUCUCGCUCCUCUCUUCUUUCCAUGAUUUGCAAUGA